UCACGCUGACGCCGAGUGGCGCGCAUCACGUCGUCGUGCUUGAAGCGCUGGAACGUGCCGAUCGAACGUGUCAUCGAGAAGAACGCGAGUGAACGUUGGGCGAGGGGGCAAAGUAGAAAAAAAAAUUUAAAAAAAAGGAUAAAAAACAGUUACCGUGCGAGCGCGGAAAGGGGGUGAGAGAGAGAGAGAGAUCGGGAAGAAGGAACUUGGAUAGCGCGCGGUAGACGAAGAUAGUGCGGAGGGAAAACGGUAGAACGGAGAGGAAGGAAAGGAGAAAGUGUGAGAUAACAAAGCGAUCCCGAAGAGAGUGACGGACGACUUAAGUAAUCGAGAUGUCCCGUUCGGCCGUUUGAAAGUCGAAAGAUAGAUAGGGAGAGAGAGAGAGUUCCAUGCGGUCCAGCGCAGCCUCCUCUUCGGUCCGUGUUUGAUGCGCGACCCGUCGCGGCCUCAGUGCUCGCGCGCGAACCGCCCGAGGAACGAGCAAACGGUCGUCUCUCGCGGCCGCCGAGGAGCCGCCGAGACACGGGGGGAAUGCGCGGCAGUCGCGGUAAUCGGCAGACGACGUGUCAUCGUCCGGACCAGUAGAGAGAGUGAAAGCGGGAUCAGUGCGGGGUGGAUGUGGAACGCCGGCGACGUUCCUUGGUGAUUGGUUGCUAUGAUCGUGCCGCGUUGUUGGUCUCACGUGGAACGAUCAUGAUUUACUUUAGGCCGCACGACGGGAGGAGUCUGCGGUGCAACGCGAAUGCGAGACACUUGAACGUGCUCGUGGUGCCGCUCUUUCCUCUCUGGAUUAUCGGCGCUUUCUGCGUGAAGGACAUACCCAUAUCACACAUCGUGGCACUGGUCGGAGAUCCCACCUAUCUUCCCUGCGACAUAUCAACCACUCACGAGGGGGACUCGGUGCAUCUUGUGCUGUGGUAUCGUGAGGAUCUUGGUACAUCAGUUUACAGUGUCGACGCCAGGGACCGGGACUUCGGUAUUGCCGAGAGAUGGUCGGACGACACCGUGUUCUCGAAUCGGGCUUAUUUCAUGCCGGACAAACAACCAGCGGAGCUGGGGGUCGAUCACAUCAGGGAGGAGGACGCGGGUAUCUACAGGUGCCGCGUCGACUUCCAGAUCGGCCAGACGAGAAACUCCAAAGUCAAUUUGACCGUGAUCGUGCCGCCGCACAAGAUCACGAUCGUCGACGUGAACGGGAACACGCGCGGCUCGACGGUCGGGCCGUAUGUGGAGGGUGACAGUCUGCGGCUCUUCUGUGACGUUCACGGCGGUAAGCCGACCCCGAUGGUGUCCUGGUAUCGCAACGACAAAUUCGUCAGCAACAGGACCGUCGCGCUGCACAACGAUGUGACACGCAGCGAGAUCGUUAUACAAAAUUUGGGCCGGGACGACGUCCACUCGGUGCUGACCUGCAAUGCCACAAAUAACAAUAGGUCGAUUCCGCUGUCGUCGUCGGUCAGAGUGGACAUGAAUUUCAGCCCGCUGGAAGUGAAGAUAAUUGGCGCGAACCAGCCGUUGUCGGCCGGCAAGAGAUACGACUUGGUCUGCACAACUUCCGGUUCCAGACCGGCGGCCGGCGUCACCUGGUGGAGAAACGGUCAGCGCUUAGUGGAUUCCAAGGAGACCACUUCCGCCGAUGGGAACACGACCACCAGCGUUUUAUCUUUCAUGGCGACGAAAGCGGACGCCGGCAGACAGUUGUCGUGUCAAGCUGAAAAUCGAAUCAUGGGAACCGCGCCGAUAGAGGACGGCUGGGUGCUCCAGAUACAAUACACGCCGGAGACGCAGAUCCAGCUCGGCACGUCGCUGAAUCCGAACGCGAUACGCGAGGGCACGGAUGUCUACUUCGACUGUCUCAUACAGGCCGAGCCGCCGGUUUAUAAAGUGGAGUGGCGGCAUCAGGGCAAGGCGCUCCAUCAUAACAUCACGCAAGGCAUCAUAAUCAGCAACCAGAGCCUGGUGCUGCAGGGGGUCGAUCGCAAGAGCGCCGGCAAUUACACGUGCGUGGGAUACAACACCGAGGGCGACGGCGAGAGCUCGCCGUUUUAUCUCAACGUGAUGUUUGCGCCCACGUGCAAGCCGAACCAGACAAAGGUCCACGGCGUGGCGAAGCAGGAGAAAGCGAAUAUAUCCUGCCAAGUGGACGCGAAUCCGCCGGAAGUGCAAUUCCGCUGGACCUUCAAUAACUCCGCCGAGAGUAUCGACGUGGCGGCAGGGCACAUCGCGCGUGCCGGCACAUCUUCCAUCGUUUCGUACACACCAAUGACAGAAUUAGAUUACGGCACGUUACUCUGCUGGGCCACCAAUCACAUCGGGCAUCAACAAGUGCCCUGCGUCUAUCAUAUCAUACCGGCAGGCCGACCGGACAUGGUUCACAACUGCACGAUUUCGAACACGUCGGCCAAUUCGUUCUCGGUGCGAUGCGCGGAGGGCUUCAACGGCGGCCUGCCGCAGUCCUUCCUGCUGGAGGUGCGCGAGAGCAACAGCCAGAUGUUGCGUGCCAACCUGACGUCGCCGGUACCGCGUUUCAGCGUCACUCAACUGGAGUCCGGCGUCUAUUAUCAGGCCUGCAUAUAUGCAUACAAUGACAAGGGUCGCAGCGAGGCGAUGGUGGUGCAAGCCGGCACUCUCCCGCCGCCGGAGAAGCAAUUGACGUCCGAGUCGGAACGACCAAGGCAGCACGUCAAAUUGACACCGAUGCUGAGCGUGAUGAUCGGCGUGGUGACUGCCCUCAUCAUCGUCGCAGUUAUAGUGAUGAUCGUUUUACGGAUUCAGCACACGCACGUGGACGAGCAGAACAAAUCGCAAAUGGAGGAUCACGCGAAGCAAACGAAAGCCGUUCCCAUACAGAGAGAGCUGAGAUUCCGUGAAGGGUGCAGCCUGCUCGCGGAUGAGAAACACCCAAGCAGCCCGUUCAGAAAACUUGAUACCAGCGGCGAUUUGAGCGAGAGCGACGAGAAAAAUCCGGACAUCAUUCCGCAGCAGAUCACUGGAGACGAACCGUCGGAAUAUUUAAGGAAGAGACGUCUGGUGUCAACGAUCGAGACGUCACCCUCGAGGAGUCUCUUGGAACACUCGACGGUGACUUCCAUCAGCGGACAUAGCAGUUACGUCGGUUACUGCACGAUCCGCAACGGCAUGCCACUGCACGAGUUCUCGAACUUGUCAACGAAGCACAAAAGCUUUCAGCCGAUGGUGGGCGACGUGUACGAGAGCGGUGUUUGCACUCUACCGAGGCAGCACUGGCCCAGCCAGAAUAUCCAGUCGAUGUCGAUGUCGAUGAGUCCUCCGAUGCUGUACGCCGGCCUGGGCGUCGUCAGUAGGACCUGCCCGAGCGGCACGUUACUGACGAAGGACUGCGAGGCGAGGAUGCCCGGCCAAUGUUGUCCGGUGCAGUCGCAGAAAGACGGAACGAUAAGCACGCCUGUGGUGAUGGCCAAGCGAGAGAGCUCCGUGUGACCCUACAUCCACCACGGGCCCUGCACCAUGUGCAACGUGAGCGAACUGCUGUGAGAGCCUUGUCGACCGCGAGACAGCCGCCAGUCCCGAACGACACAGAUGAUCUCCGAAAGAUCACAGAUCACUCCGAAAGAUGAUCGAGAGGAUUCGGAGGAUGCGCGACGAUGUCUCUCGCGAUUACGAUUUUUCCUUCUAGAGGGAUCUACCGAGGAACGUCCGGGAUAGAUUAAGGUAUCGUUUGAGGGGCAAGGGGUGAGUUAAGGGGCGUCCGAGAGACUGCAGUGUCUAUUAACGAUCUCGAUGAUUAAAACUCGCAACGGCAGGAAGAGGUAUUUUUCCGGUACCUGAAGAGAGGAUACUCCCCGAAAAGGGAUCGGGACAUCCUGUGGAGACGGCAUCCGGCGUGUCGUUCGGGACGCUUAGAGCGCGCACGCGCAAACCGGUUCGAGUUAGACGGGUUUUACGUUUCUCCAUUCGUCAGGAUUCGCGUCUCUCUGUUGAAUCAAGUGCCCUUUUCACACCGAAGGACGACGAAUAGCCCCGACCGGCUCUCCUCGCCGGCUUCUCUCGCGUCGGCGUCGCUAGUUUUUCGCGACCGGGCCCCCGGUGGAGCCUCGCGACGGAGCGUGUAGUAGAGAGAGAAAAAAAAGAAGGAGAGCGAGCGAGCGAGCGAGCGAGCGAGCGAGAAAAAGAGAGAGAGAGAGAGAGAGAAUUUUGCGAUCUGUGCGAGCGCGAGUUCGCCGUACUUGUACAUACCUCGAGACGCGGAAGAUAUUUUGUACGAGUCGCGUAUAUAUUAAUGGUUCAUUCCCACUUUUACUAUGACACAACACUGUACAAUUUGUCUAGUCGAUGUAAGUAUAAAUAUGUAUAUGCGUUAAGUCGUCGUCGGGGGGAGGCGCUGCCAGGCCAGAAUAACGUACACUGAACAGGGGGGAUGAUAGUCGUCGCCGCGUGACGCCGCGUUCCGCGUGCACGCGAUGUAAUUAUUUAUAUAACGUUGACAACGCGUAAAUGGGAACUGCAAACAACGCGACGAAGUUCUCUCGCACACAAAGACGACGAGGAGAGGGUGAAAGAGAGAACCGGGAGAAUCGGGUUGUCAGAGACAUAUCGUUUGUAUCUCCAUCCGUGGGAAAUCGAGUCGUGGGCGACGGGCGCACGAAGAUCACGAGGUCGGAGUAACGAGGCGAUGAUGGAGAGAGUGAGAGAAAAUGUGUGUGUGGAUGUGUGUAUGUGUGUAAGAAAGGGAGAGAGAAAGAAGAAAGAGGAAUAGAUAAAAAUCCCCUAUCGUUGUCGUCAGUCUGCAGUAUUCUGGAUUACAACGUAAGAUUAAGUAUCUCUUGUACAAUGUAUAAAGUAACGACUUCUUUCGAAGUAAAUGUACCGAGUACGAUGAACGUUGUUUUUCAAAGUCUUGAUCUUAUUCUAGAAAACGAGAAAGGAAGAGAGAGAGAGAGAGAGAGAGAGAGAGAAUGAAAGUGAGGACUGCUGAUCAGGGUGUUCCUCGAAACGUAUGGUGCAUAAUCGCGAUAGCACUUCUAAUUACUGCCUGUUUCGACGCUUUGUGAAUCUCGUUGGUACUUCAUUCGGAGGUUACCGCUCCUAGCCUCUCUUUGUACUAUAUAGCUUUAAAAGGGUCGUCGAAGGACGCCUCGUCAUAUCCUCCGUACGAUGCAGGGAUAAUAUCGUCGUCGUUGUCGACGGUGGCCGGUGGCAGUGGCGGCGCAGUUUCCGCUCCCGGUCGCCGGUCGAUCCGCGAGAGAGGUAAGGUGAAAAUUGGAUGUAUAGCUUCCCUCUCAAUAUAUCAAGAGGAGUCAACUGCUGGCCGGUGGCAUUUAACGUGUAAUUACACUCAUUACACGCGCAAGACGCGCCUCCAAUCUCACCACUUCGCGCGAGGAACGAUAAUCCGUGUUUUUUCGCCGCGCUCGACCCGCGCGAGUUGAUUUUCGCGUGCGGGACUGCACUCCGGGGCGCGCAAUCGCGAGGAUUUUGCGUGAGAAAUAGAGCGUACUUCAUCCGAUAUGGCUGGACGCGCGUAACGCGACAAAGAGAAAAAGAGGAGGAAAGGGACAAAGAAAGAAAGAGAGAGAGAGAGAGAGAAAGAGAGAUCGUCAUAUUUUUACACUCGUGUGUUAUACAUCCCGUUUUUUGUUCUUUGCCCGGUGUUACAGCGCACCGUGAAGCGACAGUUUAUCGAUUUAUUCAAAUGAAUAUGGGAUAGAAACUCGAGGCAAAACUGUCUCUUGAUUUUCACCGAAGAAUCUCGCCGCGAUGCUUCUCGCGUCAUCGUUAAGUUUUGAACGUCCCUUUACGUCAAUCAGUGAAUUUAAUCUUCAAAUGGAGCCCACUUCGAUUCUAUUGCUUUCUCCCUUCCUUUCUCUCUGUCUCUUUCUCUUCUACACGCCGAAGUCAACGUUUCGUCGAAAUGGCAUAUAUAUUUGUGUAUCAAAUGAAAAUUUCGCGUAAAUUGACCAAUAGACGAAAUGUAGGUUGUGACUGUUUUCAGUCGUCGCAGUUUGUUAUACGCGAAUAUCGAGAAAGAGAGAGAGAGAGAGAGAGAGAGAGAGAGAGAGAGAAAGAGAGAGAGGGACGAGUCCUGCACGCGAAGGCGAGGCGUACGCGUCCGCGUUUCUACGCCCCCGUCCGAGGGAAACGAUGGACGACUGUGGAUACUUAGCGAAUUAUUCGAUGUUUAAGGAACGUAGAAAACGGUGAAUCGCGUUUUUACGAGCCGUAAUGUAUCUCGAGGGAUUUCUAGGCGGAUGCGAAUUGUUUCCUCGAUCGCUAGGCAUUACAUUACGUCAUCCGUGCGUGCGAGGUCCCGCUUAUCGGAAGGAGAGAUGAGUCACUAACCGUUAUGAUUAUUAUUAUUCUCAUUAUUAUUAUUGCCAUUAAUGGAAUUGAUGUCGGAAACAGAUUGUACUGAGUGUACUGUGCUGUGUCGAGAGGAGAAUUUUUAGCGAUCCCUUGAAAGGGCCGAUUCACACGCAUUCCCCCGCUCCUCCCGCCCG